GAAUUUCCGCCACUGAUCACUGUGGUUUCAUGUGAUAUGUAUCAGCACAAAGCAACUUCAUGUGAUCAGUGUCAGGCUGUCAGGCCCACCAAUAAACAUUGCAGCACGAAAAUCACGUAUUUGGGCUUAUACAUAGCCACUGCUGACUUUUUUCAGUUUUAGACAAAGGAUUUUAAAAAUCAGACCAAGUAGUUACGCCACGGCAAAUCACCUUCGCUAGGAAGGAAAAUGAAAUCCCUGAUCAACCUGGCUCAAGAAAAGAAAGUCUAACCACAAACUGUAGCAAGCAUUGACCUGGGACAAAACUUUUCGUUGAAAAUGUCGUCAAUAAACAUUGUACCGCUGCCCGAAAAAGAAACAGAACGAUUAAAGAAGCUAUAUCGUAUCACUUUCAAUGAUUUAAAUUUGAGAUUCAUCAGGACAGAUCCUGGUAACUGGGUUUUACCUGCUUCAUAUGAAAAAUUCAAGGAUCGCUUUGCGAAAUGGAAUCUUCGUCAGGACGAUAUAUACAUACUUAGCUUUCCGAAAAAUGGCACUACAUGGACCCAAGAGUUAGUUUGGUGUGUAAACAACAAUGCUGAUAUCCAAACUGCAAAAGCUGUCACCAUGUCAGAAAGAGUUCCUUUUUUGGAACUUCCCAUGGUUUUUAAUAUAAUGAAGGAUCAGCUCCCUUCUUUGAAGAAUGACAGAUUAGAAUUUAUGGAAUGCAUGCCUUCACCAAGAAUUUUAGAAACACAUUUGUCAUUAGAACUUCUGCCUCAUAAUCUGCUAGAUACGUGCAAAGUUGUCUCCUGUCUCAGAAAUCCAAAGGACACAGUUGUGUCUUUUUACCAUCAUGAAAAAUUGCUCAACAUUCAUGGUUAUACUGGCGAUUUUCCAAGCUACUUUGACCUUUUCAUGGACAAUUUAGUGAUGUUUAGUCCUUAUUUUCAGUAUAUUUCUGAACUGUGGAAGUUAAGAAAUCAUCCCAAUAUGUGCCUUCUGUUUUUUGAAGACAUGAAAAAGGAUCUCAAGGCCAGUAUUAAUAAAGUAGCCAUGUUCCUAGGAAAGGAACUCUCAGAAGAGCAAGUUGAGAAACUAGAAACUCAUUUAAGCUUUAGAAAAAUGAAGGAAAAUCCAUCAGUCAAUAAAGAUGGCCUUAAAGAUAUGCAGCUUAUGGAUCCUAGUGGAAGCUUUUUUCGUAAAGGUGAAGUUGGUGACUGGAAGAACUAUUUCACUGCUGAUAUGAGCAAAAGAAUGGAUGCAGCUAUCCAGAGAUACUUAAAACCAAUGGGGCUUGAAUUUAGUUAUGAAUAAUUUGGUUAAUGUGUCAACAAUUGCUUGAACAUAGUGAGUUUCAGUUUUUUGAAUAUUAUGUUUGUCACUUCAUUUUGAAUAACAAUUUUUUGGAUGACUUUUGAAACAAAUUGAUUAUUUUUUCAUACAAUGCAGUUCAUCAGUAUUGUUGUCUUUUUGAAUGGUUAUAAUGAACUAAUUUGCUUUCUUCAAGCCAUGAACAAACUGCUACAAAUUCUUGAUUUUGGCAUAUGACAAAGUAGGAUAUUCUUGAAAUCCUCACUUUACAUGUUGAUGAUUACAAUUG